AUAUUGAUCCAACCAAUUGUGGAAUUCUAUUUUUUUCAAGUGAAAUGUAUUUGCAAAUCGGUAAUUGGUUAAUUGCUAAUGUUGAUAAUUGUUGAAUCUCUGUGUCAGACUUGUCUAUGAAGAAGUGUGUUCCAUGCAGCUCAAAGGACCUGAGGCCUAUGACUGAGGAUGCAGCCCAUCAAUUAAUUCCACAGGUUCCUGGGUGGGAUUUGGUGCAUGAAGUUGGCACAUGGAAGUUGCAUCGAUCAUGGAAAGUCAAGAGUUUCACAAAAGGACUGGAGGUUUUUCAGCUUGUAGCUAAUGUUGCUGAGGCGGAAGGUCAUCAUCCAGACCUUCAUCUUGUGGGAUGGAACAAUGUAAAAAUUGAUAUAUGGACUCAUGCAGUGGGUGGACUCACAGAGAAUGAUUUCAUACUUGCUGCCAAGAUCAAUGGGCUCGAUCUCCACCAUCUUCUAAGCAAAAAAACUGCUAAAUGAAUAGUUGAGGAAAACUGCGAAUGUUGGUAUAUAUGCGUGUACUCAGCAGCUUUUCAUACAAUAAUCUGCAUGGGACCCGUCUUUGGUGUGUUGUGUUCGUUGGUCAAGUCCUUUUCAUGAGUUUCUGGGUUAUACAAAAGACUUACAGUUCAUAUAUAGUUGUGUAGGAAUUUGCUGGCUGUACAUCGAGCUGUGUCCUCUCACAAAAUAGGGGGCCCACAUCCAAUAAAAAUCACGGGCCCUCCCUCACAAGAGGGGCUGUACACUGAGCUGAUGAGUAGCAAAACCCAGUUGUGUAAUGAGCAUCUGAUUUGACUCUUUUUUAAAGUAUUCCUACUCUGCACUGCCAUAUACGAUUUUAUGGUGGAGAUAAUGUGACAACGAAUCUUGUAUUUUGACGGUAA